AUGGGUUGGUUUUCUGUCCUCGAGCGGUUUACGAAUACAAUAUUGCCGUAUGAAGCCAAAGUACCUACACUAGCUACACACAGCUUCGAAGCGGAAGGUUCGUUCAUCGACUCUGUGGUGAUACGAUAUUUGAAUUUUACUGAACGUAUUAUUAAUCUUAAAGCUGAAAUUGUUUUUACCAUAUUAGUUAUUUUAUCAAUGGCUGUGGCCAUUACGCUUGGUGCGGCCAUCGACAAACCGAUGAAAGAAGUGGACAUCAAGAUGGACGGUAGCGAUUCUAAACUACACGAAAAACGAGGACUUAGUGACUACAAAUAUGCGUUCGGACACCAAUCGGAAAUGCUGAGCGGAUUCAAGCCUUCUUAUGGUUACUUUUCCGGUGAUAAUCUGGAAGAUCAGAGACAUUUCGAACAUGAACUUUAUCAGACUCACGAUACUCACGACUGGAAGAAAGGUAAGACUACCUAUAUCACUAAAAAUGUUCCAGUACCCUACAAAGUUGAGGUAGAGAAGCAUACCAUUAUCGAAAAGAAGGUUCCAGUUCAUGUGGAUCGUCCAGUUCCAUACCGAGUCGAGGUUGAGCGCAAGGUUCCAGUCUACUACGAAACGAGAGUUCCUGUUCAUGUAGAUCGUCCAGUCCCGUACGAGGUUAAGGUGCCAUACCCAGUAGAGGUUGAAAAGAAGGUUCCAGUGUACGUUGAGAAAAAAGUCCACAUUGAUCGUCCAGUCCCAUACCGCGUCGAAGUGGAAAAGAAAGUUCCAGUCGUCGUGGAAAAGAAAGUGCCAGUCCAAGUUGAACGCUUUGUAGCCGUUCCAGUGGAAGUUAAAGUGCCAGUAGUCCACAAGGUUCAAGUCGAAAUUCCUAAGCCAUACACCGUUCGGGUCCCGAAGCCAUAUCCGGUGUACAUCGAGAAAGAAGUCAUCAAGCACGUUGACCGUCCAGUAACGGUAGAAGUUGAGAAACGGGUUCCAGUUCCUGUCGUCCAUAAGGUUGAGGUUCCAAAACCGUACGCUGUAUACAUUCACAGGCCGGUUCUAGCUGAGAAGCAACAUCAACAGCAUUAUAACCAACAUGAACAAGAACAUGAUGAUGAACCUGUUGCUCUCAAGUUGACCGGAUACAUUUCGGAACCAAUCAAUCAGGAACAUCAUGAUGGAGAGUACCAUUCUCACCAGCACCAACAACAACAACAUCACGCUCAUCAUGAUGCUGAACACCUGGUUCAGCACAAGGAUGAGCACGAUGCUAACGAAGAAUACCACACGCAACAUGAACAGCGUGAACACGAACUACAUGAGCAGCUGCAUGAGGUAGAUCAACAUGAGCAGCAGCACCAGCACCAGCAACAUCAUCAGUAUCAAAAUGAAGCUGAACAACAGCAGCAGCAGCAUCAGCACCAGAGUGAAGAUCAUCAUGAACAACAUCAUCACAUUCCGAUGCAUCAUAAGCGCGAAUCCAAGCAGUAA